AACGCGACCAGGAAGUCGACGCCACUGUCGAGGGGAAGAAACGGUUUUGUUUUGGCAAAUAAAACUAGCUUCUCCCCGACAUGACUUUAUCAAAGUUUGGUAAUUUUAUUGCCAAAGCCUUGGUGUAACAUCCCCAUCGUUUGUCCAGGAUGUCUGCGCCCGUAAGAGCCAGCUCAGCGCCAGGUUCAUCGAGGCCAGAGCGAGCACUGGACACCAGAGUAAUGGAACUGGAUUUUCAAGUUCCAGCAGAGAGCAGAAAUACACAGCCUCCCCCUGUCAACAACCAGAUCAUCCCAGAUGAACUGCUGGUCAGCCUUACCUCCACUGUCUGCAACAGGAGCACACUGGGGCACACUGCACACCAUCGGCACUGCAAGGGCUGUGGAAUCAGACGGCCGGAUGCAGUCUGGCAUCACCCGCUUGGACGCAAGAAAUAUAAAUACUUUCUGGAGCAGCCGACAUCCCUGACUGGAGCAGGCAGGGAUAUUUCAUUCCUGUGUGAUGCUGUGGUAACUCAGAGGAGGUCAACACCCCUCCCACCACUGACUGACAGGAGUGGCGUUGGCGACACACAGAACUUGAGUAUCUCAGACAGUCUGAUCCCAGAAGAAUAUCACAUUGUGAAAAACAAAGGGCUGCGGAGCCUUGAGUUCUAUGAGGAUGCGUUCACAGUGAAGCUGCAGGAUGACGAAAAGAAGCUACGGGUCUUUCCUUCACUGAGGCCCAGUGGCAGACUAGAAGUGGUCCAGCUGAUGAGGAUGAUGGACGACAUGCUGGAGAAGGCCGGGGUGGAUCAGCAGCAUGAGGAGCUGACUCAGCUCUCCCAGAUGGAGGGUCUGCUGGAGCUGGUGCAGGUUGAGCAGAACAUCUACAACAUUGUUUUCCAUGAACUGAUCAGGCAGGUCAGCGUGGGCUGUGUUGAGAGGGGACAGCUGCUUGCCAAACUCAGACAGCGCUACCAGUCCCUGCUGGAGCGAAUUCCCCGCCGUCUGAAGGCCCUGCACACUGAGGCAGUGGCUCAGCGGGCUCUGGACCGCCGGCUCACAGAGGAGAUCCACCGCAUCAAGACAUCCAUCCAGCAACUCAGCACGGAGCUGUCCAAGAUCAGGGACCAUGAUGUCUCUGUUUCCCAGCAGGCAGAGUGUGCUCACCGGCAUCUGGCUGAGGCACUCAAUCAGACGCACACCAACUCAGAUGUGGUCCAGGGUUACCACGAGCUGUAUGAGCUGCAGAGAGGUCGCCUUGAGGCUCAGCUGCUUCAGAUUAUGGACGAGAGAGACUGCUGGAGCCAGCUCACCUUCUCCCUCGCCCUCAAGGUGAUCAGUGUGAAGAAGCUGCAGCUGGUCAGCCGGCUGCACGUUUACAAGCAGAGCUGGUUCGAGACCGCGGAGAACUGCAUCCUUUACCUCACUUCAAAGGACACAGAAGACCUGAAUAUCAUUGUGGAGCUUACUGACUAUUGGAAAGAGCAGCUGACUGCUUUCAUGUCCCAGAUGAAGAAGACUGAGCAUGCUCAGUUUGAAGAGAUGAGUGCCAUCCAGCAGGGCAUCAGCAAGUGGCUCGCCUUCUGCACUACACAGAACAAGUGUCCUGUUCCAAAAUAUGAGAAAAUUUCAUUGGAAAAGAUUCAUGCUGAUUUGAAACAGUGGGCAAAUAUGUUGGCCCUCCAUUGUGAGCGCUACCAAGGUGAGAAGCUGUUUUGCUGCCAGCAGACACUGGGUGAGCUUGGCCGCAUCCAGGAAAGAUGGCUGAAUUUGAGCCUUCAGCUGUUCAGGAGACACACUUCUCCUGAUGAUGAAUCCUCUGGAAGCCAACAGGUCCCAGCAGAGCUGGGCCGGGUUUUAUCUGAGAUCCUCAAACAGCUGGACACACAAGUCAGUGGAGAGAAUGGGGUCCACAGACAGGUCAUGUCACUGCUUGGGUUGAUGGAGUCCUGGGUUUCCAAACUUGGCGCAGUAAUUUACCAGCCAGAAAAGAUGUCUGUCUCUGAUUGGCUGAAGGUAGAGAAGGCACUGCAAAAUUGCCAGAAUUUGGCCCAAGAAGCUUUGCAGAAUGUCUCUGGCAUGCUGACAGAGAACGAAGAGGACAAAAACAAGCCCAACAUAUAUGGAGAGGCAGAGAAGGCAUUAGACAGAGUGCAGGAGUUCAUAACCAGCCUGUCCAACUUCACUGAGGGUGAGAACCAGAGACUCAGUGAGGAGGUCAAUUCUGUUCACAUGGCUCAGACCCGCUGGAUGUUGGAUCUGUUGCUCCUCAUGGUACCUGACCAUAGUGAGGACCGGGACCAAGAACAGGAUCACCAAUACGUUACAAACAUCUCACUGCAGACACUGGAUGAGGAUGCAAAGAUCCUGGCUGAGAAACUGGACUUUUUUUCCAGAUACAUCACUAGCUUUUGCAAGCUGAUUCUGGAGGAGCAGAUUUUGCAGAGCCCACUUCAAGCUGAGGGUGAAAAUGAGAUGAAUGAGUGCAGAAAGCUGCAGAGGGAAUGCAUUGAUUGGGUGGAGACCUGUAUAAUCCUGCUCUCCGGGGUGAAAGGUGGUCCUGUGGAGCUGUCUGUUCGACAGCCUUCCAGCACUUCCAGGAGUAAUGUCCCAGUUUCUCCAGCAGGCAGCAUGGAGACUCUGGUGAACAAAGAGGUUUUAGCAGAGCCUACAACAGACAGUGAGGUCACAGAGGUCAAAGAUGAGACCGAGGCAGAACCAAGAAAUAGCACUGAUGAAGGACAUCAAACACAACAAGAUGUUUGUGAGGGGGAGCUAAUGGUUUGUGAGACACCAGUGGUGAAGCUGAUUGGCUAUGACGGACACAUCACACAAAGAAAGCUGGGGGAGAGCAGUGUCCAUCUGAGUGGAACUGAUGAACUGGUUGAGUCUCCGGUGACAGAUGAAGCUCAGAAAGCUUUCAGUGAUCUGACCACAGUAGGAUUAUUGCAGCAAGAACUGCAUGAUUCUGAGCUGCGGAUCCAGAGUGCGGAGCAACGUGCCCUGAAAGCCGAAGAGGCCCUGCAGGCAGCAUUGGAGAAGAUUCAGGACCUGGAGAGACAACUGCAGGGUCGGCCCAGUCUGGAGCCCAAAAGUAGUGAAGAGAAAAAGAAAACACCACCACCUUCCUCACCACCAGUAAAACCCCCAGCUCCCCCAAAGAAAACAACUCCUGAGGUCAAACCAACAAGCAGCACCAAAAGAACCAAGAAACGCUUGUGACAUCUAAUUAACAGAUGUUACAACUCUGCAUGUUUGGGACUGCACAAUUAGUGUCGGGUGAACUGUUUUUCAAAUCACUUGUAGAAUUUUAAGUUUUGUGUUUUCUCUAUUGGAACAAGACCAGAGAGGAACACAAUACCAGCCAAUGUAUUAUCUCACAGGCUUUCAAAUUAGUAAAAUAAAUUAGUCUGAAAAAGUAAAAGUAUGGGGACAAAAAUGCUCAUUAACCAGUGCUUCUGUCCAAGUAUUGAAUAUUUCCAGUAUCAGGAGGCUGUCCUUACUCAUUUAGCAUGGCUGUUGUAUGAAAAUGAAUAUCACUUAGUGGUGUCAUCAUUUAUAUUAUGGCUUGCUGUGGCUUUGUUUGACUUGAUGUAAAAGCAAAUUUAUUUUUGCUUCCUUCCAAAAAUUUCUGGACUGAACUGUGAAGAUUUUAUUGUAUUUGAACACACCGAAUGAGAAAUCAAAUG